AUGGUGUCUGCCGGCCUCUGGCGACCCAGACGUGUCCUGAGCCCGAGCCGCACUCAGAACUCGGGUCGAGUUCGGGAAUCCAACUACUCGGGCAAAACCAGUCGCCCACACAUGUCGGCCCUGGUUCGGAGAAUCUGUUUCGUCCCCCACAUCGUGCUGACCCAGGAUCACGUCCGCGGCCUCAUUCGCUGUCUGUUCGGCGCCUUUGUACUCAUCGGCGUCGUCUUUCUGGUCGCCGACCGUCGUUCCGUAAAGGCGUUUGUCGACAAGACGGCCGAGAAUGCAAAGACGAAGCUACCCCUGUACACCUGGGCUAUCGGCGCGCAGACAUCCCCAAACCCGGCUGCACCCUGGCAGGACUGGAAAGAGCCGUCGUGGCUUCCCAGUGCCGCCAAUGGCACCGGCGUCUCCGAGGAGGCGGCCUAUCUCAACUACCUCGUCUAUCGGUACGGCCUGACGCCCGAUGUGCCCUGGUAUGCGCGCCACGUUCGCGCCGACUAUGUGGGAGGGCAGCCUGGCAACAGGCCCGGCGAGGAUGACCAUCUGCGACACCACGAUCGACGCGCACGCCCGACUCGCCCAUCCCUGACCAAAGUUAAGUCCAAGCUCACGCCAGGCGGAUUCACCACGGUGCACGCAGAGGCUCUCGUACCCGGUGUCGACCAUCCAGACCCGGACACGGAGACUGAGGACGGUGUCUGGCUGGCGACAGAUGCAGAGAGUGAGCCGCCCGUCGAGCCGGCUGUGCUGCGACUGCCCAUGGCCCGCAGUGCUCGGCCGGACCAGAUUGAUGCGUCGAUGCUGCUGUUUGGCAUCAGCACCACAUAUGCGCGACUGUCGCAUGCCGGAUUUGCGCUGGUGGCCGACUGGGCCCGAUGGCUGACAGAUGGCUGUGGCCAGUCCAACGGUGCCGGCUUGCUGCUGAGCCUCCACCGUGCGCAGCCGGACGAGGUAAAGGCGGUGGCACGCGUGCUGCAGGAACACGGUAUCGACGCGCGCAUCGUUAUCGAUCCAGGCAACUAUGACAGCGAGGCCACCAACAGCACUGCCGACAGCCACAGCGACAUGGAGGGCAACUCCCGUCCAGAUCCGCCGGCCGUACGCUAUUCCAAUCUUCUUCCGCUUCUGCGACAGUAUGACGACGCCUGGGUGUCCGAGCAGGAGGCUGGCAGUCCCGUCCAGCGGAGCUUCUAUGCCCUCGUUGACGACGACGUCUUCUUCCCGAGCAUGGACCGACUUCUUGGCCGGCUGAUGCUCUAUGCCGGUGCACAUCCGCACCCACACGGCGGCGACGAUAGCAGCAGCGACCUCUGGCUGGGCUUCCCCAGCACGCGGUCUGACUGGCAGACGGUCGACUUGGCCACAGAGGCUGCCAAGGCAGCAGCUGCCCGCUCGGCCCUGUUCUCGCCGCCGGUUCCGCCGCUACCGUCCCUCUCGCGGACCAUUGCGCCCACAUCGCUGAUGGUAGUGAGCUAUGGUGGUGGUGCCGUCUUCUUGUCGCCGUCGCUGGCCGUCCGCAUGGCCGAGCUGCCGUGUCUGCGCCGCACCACGGACGCCCUGCACGAGGCUGUGCUGCAUGCCGGCAUCGCCGUCGGCAAGACGGACGCGUACGACGGCGAGCCCUGGGACGAGCAUCUGUACCACUGCGCCACGUCAUCUCCGUCCACUUCGACGUUGGCUGAGGCGGCUGUGCAGCUGCGCAUCGUGCCCAGCUUUUACGCGCCCUUCGACGCGGCCGCCUAUGACCACAACGGCAACGAAACCGAUCCCGACAAUGGCGUCCGUCUGCUGCAGCAGUAUGCCGGUGGCCUGCAGCCGCUGACGCUGCACGGCUACCGCCGCCACGAUCACUUCAGCGCCGGCUUUGGCCAUCGCGUGGCUGACGUCUGUGGCGAGGACUGUUUUUUGCAGCGCUUUGCCUUUCGCGACGGCUGGGUCCUCGUCAACGGCCACAGCCUCGAGCACCACGACGGCCUUCGCGUCGAGCCCCUGCGCAAGGCGAGACUGUUGUCCCUGCCGUCGCCGCCGCCCACUGAAAAUGCCGGGCAUGGGUCUGACCUUGUCGACUCGCUUCGCGACUGGCUCAAGUCUGGUGGCAGAAUGGCCGUCCAUCGGACGGAUGGCCAUGCGCCCGAGGACGCGGCAGAUCGGCGCCGGCGUGAGUUUCAGCAGCAGCAGCACUUCUGGUCGAGCAAGAGGUUGAUCGUCGAGGACGCCGAGCGCCCCGACGACCUGAGUGUGGUGCGCAGCCGCAGCCGACAGCUGCCAGCGAUAUGGCGUCUGGUCGAUGCCUAUGUGGCUGCGGACGGGUCGCUGUGGCAGGCUUAUCUGAAGCGACGGACGGCCACAGCUGGCUCCGGCCAUGGAUUGGAUGCAACAGCCGUGCCCGAUAUGGCCGCGUCCGACCAAGAUUCGGUCGUUGUGCUGAUGUGGGAAAAUGCUGUACAGUAG